GUGAUGGUUGUCAUCAAUUCAUCUCAACGCACAAUUGAGGCACCCCAUUAUCAGAUUUCGAGCCUGUAGUCGUUUUGAACGCUCACCUAAUCUUUCUUUCUUGUCCCGGCAUAACUCAGAACGGUUGCCACUAUCACACGCAGCCCCGCAUGCCGUCAAGCUGUAAAGAUAUCCGCGCUGCUCUCGCGCAAUGCCUGUCCGAGUCGCCUUGCGUUCUCGCCGGACACACUGCCUCGGAAUGUUUGCGCGAACCCUUGGUGUCUGAACUCCCGACUCGAUGCCAGCAGCUCAAAAAAGGCUAUGGAGACUGCAAGCGCGGCAUGAUCGACAUGCGAAAACGGUUUCGGGGGAACAAGCCCAUCGGCAGCGCAACAGGCAUGACCGACAACAGUGAAGGCGGGAGUCGAUACAUCGACGGCGUCGGCGAUGGGAUGCUUUAUGCCAGCAUUGGGCGAAAGAACUCAGGCGUUGGGAAGACCAAAGAAGUGGGAUGGAACGCGAGCGAAGAUGAAGCGCGCGGCAUGGAAGAGCUGGUGCCUGGGCGUUUCAAAGAUGAGAACGGUGGCACAGGCGGGUACUACUCCGGCUACUCGCCCGCGCCUGCGGGCGUAGACACUGCAUCCAAGGACACAGGCAGUAGUGACAAGAGUGUGAAGCCGGAACGGGAAGGGGCAGGCUGGAGUUGGUGGAGGGGCAGCUGAUGCGUACUAUGAGCGUGGAAAAGAGCCCUGGAAGGUCGGAUAUUUGCUGCCCAUACAAGACUUGGAAUUCUUACGCGCGUGAAACUUAGGCAUUGGCGGCGCAGUUUUUGGUAAUUUUACACAGAAUGCGUGUGCAGAAUGGCACAAUCCACACAAAAUCUCAUCUAGAGGACCCAACCCCAUCAAGGACUUGGAUGGAUCCCAACCAGAUUCGUUCACCAUAAGGCUUUCUCCACUCCAGAGCGCUCGGGUCGGCUCUUCGUCUUUCCGGAGAUUUAUGCACAGGCGUGUAACCCUCGACGUUGUACGCUCAGACCGAAUUUAUUCAACUAGUUCAACUCUAGAGCGAAGUAUGCUCUCGUCACUGGCAAUCAUUGUUGAUGUGGGUAAGUGUAUAUACAUACAUAUAUGUAUAUAGAAUAUACUAAACACGUGCAUAUCAAUGAAGUCUUUGCAUAG